GCACCAUGCCUGACCUACUUUCUGUCUCUCUCUCUUUUUUUAUAGCUGGGCAGCAGAUGUUCAAUUGUCAUCGACCUAACAAUUAAGUUGGCCAUGAAGAAAGCUGAGAACAUCAGGAUUUAAAACACAGAAUUCUCAAGUGGACCUGACUGUGGGAUGGAAUGCCAAACCUAGGCUGAGGUAUGGUUGGGCAAUGUCACGUGUCUUGCUUGGGAGCCAUCAUGUGCCCAGGUCGGGAGAGGUAAAUCCCGAGACACAGACAUGUGCUGGGGGUGCAGUCACAUGUCCAGGUCAGGCGCCCUCACCUGCUGGGAGUGCCAUCACCUGGUGGGGGCCAGUCACCUGGUGGGGGCGCAAUCCCGUGCUGGAGACACGGUCACGUGUUGGGGCGCAGUCACCCGCUGGGGGCGCUGCCUCCGGCCUCAUGUCUGCCCCUGCUUCCGGCAUGGGUACACCCGGGCCCUCUGCCCUGGGCCUUUUGCUGCUGCUCCUGGUGGGGCCCCCAACCGGGGUCGCUGCCUCGGGCCACAGACACGCGGAGAGCCAGGGAAUCUCCCUAAGUCGCAGCGUGGCCUGUGGCCGGCCCAGCAUGAUGGGGAAGAUCCUGGGCGGCCGCCCCGCGCCGGAGAGGAGGUGGCCGUGGCAGGUCAGCGUGCACUACGCGGGCCUCCACGUCUGCGGCGGCUCCAUCCUCAACGAGUACUGGGUGCUGUCGGCUGCGCACUGCUUCGGCCGGGACAAGAACAUCAAAAUCUAUGACAUGUACGUAGGCCUUGUGAACCUCAGGGUGGCCGGCAACCACACCCAGUGGUAUGAGGUGGAACGGGUGAUCCUGCAUCCCUCGUAUGAGGUGGACCACCCCAUCGGAGGCGACGUGGCGCUGGUGCAGCUGAAGAGCCGCAUUGCGUUUUCUGACUCCGUGCUCCCGGUCUGCCUUCCACCUCCAGAUCUGGACCUUACCAGUGCCAAUUGCUGGGCUACAGGAUGGGGACUAGUCUCACAACAAGGUGAAACCUCAGACGAGCUGCAGGAGGUGCAGCUCCCACUGAUCCCGCGAACCUGGUGCCGCCUGCUCUAUGGACACGUGUCCUACAUCAUGCCCAACAUGUUGUGUGCUGGGGACAUCCUGAACAUUAAGACUGUGUGUGAGGGCGACUCCGGGGGCCCACUCGUCUGUGAAUUCAACCACAGCUGGUUGCAGAUUGGAAUCGUGAGCUGGGGCCGUGGCUGCUCCAACCCUCUGUACCCUGGAGUGUAUGCCAGUGUUUCCUAUUUCUCAAAAUGGAUAUGUUAUAAUAUAGAAAUCACACCUGCUCCUGCUCAGCCAGCCUCUGCUCUCUCUCCAGCUCUGGGGGCCACUCUCAACGUCCUUGUGGCCAUGCUGGCUGGCUGGUCAGUGCUGUGAGGCCAGGACACCCCUCUAGCAUUCUCAUGGCUGCACACUGCCCAGCCCAGCUGCCUCCAACCCCCUAAGCACCUCCUGCCCUGCUCUCUCCAGAGGAGGCAAGGGCCAACCAUCCCGUGGGUGGAUGCGGAGUCCAGAGGUGCUGAGCAAGUGUGCAAAAGAGGAGAGGGAAGGGGGAGAGAGGCUGGCCAGGCAGGACCCAGCUGGGGCAGAGUGCACCUGAGAUUUGAUAAGAUCAUUAAAUAUUUACAAAGCAA